GUAUAACGUAAUUGACACCAGUUUGUGACAUGACCAGCAAGAACCAUCAAGAGGCAGGAAAAGAACAUGUUUAGAAUGAAGAUUUUCACGUUACACCUUGUCAUCCUACUGAUGGGAAUCGCUGGUGCAACGAUCAAAGAAGAGAUCAUUGAUUGCGCAGACAGUAAACACUGGCAGAAAUUAUCAAAAAAGGAAUUAGAGGAGGCUUUGUCGUACAAAUGGAACACAAACCGAGCGACGAACGUGAUAAUUUUUGUGGGCGACGGUAUGAGUCCCGACACCAUAACUGCUAGCAGGAUUUACAGUGCUGGCGAAACCGGUCAUCUGGCCUGGGAGAAAUUCCCACACAUUGGAAUUCUCAAGACUUACAACGUGGACAAGCAAGUGCCGGACUCUGCGUCAACGGCAACAGCACUGUUCGGCGGUGUGAAAACUAAUUACGAAGUGGUCGGUGUCAACGCGAACGUGCCUCUGGCUAAUUGCACAGCGAGCCUCAAUACCGACAAUCAUGUGGAUUCGAUCGUGUCGUGGGCACUGGCUGCUGGUAAAGACACAGGAUUCGUGACGACCACCAGAGUCACCCACGCUACCCCCGCGCCUUUGUACGCUCAUAGCGCAGACAGGAGAUGGGAAUGCGAUGGAACCAUGCCAAAAACUGCUGGAAAAUGCAAGGACAUCGCGAGGCAGCUGGUGGAGGAUCUUCCAGGGAGAAAUAUAAAGGUAAUCAUGGGAGGAGGAAGACAAGUAAUGAAGACCAAUGCAACAGGUACGCAAUUCGAUCCGAUAGAUACGUGGGCGUGUAAAAGACAGGAUGGUCGAGAUUUGAUCGAAGAAUGGAAACGGGACAAAGUGUCCAGGAAAUUGUCGUUCGGUGUCGUUGAAAAUAACGAACAAUUGUCCAAGGUGGACACUGGCAAGGUGGACUAUUUGUUAGGCAUCUUCGCGAAUGGUCACAUCAACAUGGACUGGAACAGGGAAAAGGGUCCGAAAGGGCAGCCAAGUCUCGAAGAGAUGACCGUCACAGCGUUGAAAGUCUUACAGAGAUCGAAACGGGGCUACCUAUUAGUGGUCGAGGGGGGUCUUAUCGACUUCGCCCAUCAUCGCGGCCACGCCGCUCAGGCAUUACUGGAGACCGUCAGGUUCUCGGAUGCUAUCAACGCGACUUUAAAGAUGAUCGACACCAACGAUACUCUGGUUAUCGUAACGAGCGAUCACACUCAUUCGAUGAGCUUCAACGGAUACAGCGAACGUGGCUCGAACAUCCUGGGCGUCGCUCAGAAGUCGAAACACGACGGUAUUCCAUACACGACGCUGACUUACAGCACCGGGGGCCCCAACAACGUCGCGUACACGGUAAAGAACAACGUUUCGGUUAGGAUGGACCCUUCUGAAGAAAACACGACAGCAUUCACGUACAGCCAGCAAGCUACGAUCAUAUCGGACGAAGCUUAUCACGGUGGCGGCGACGUAGCUGUCUAUGCAAUAGGUCCGUUCGCUCACCUGUUCCAUAGCGUGCACGAGCAGAAUUACGUCGCCCGCGUUAUAGGGUUUGCAGCGAAUAUGGAACCACGCGCGAAUUCAAAUUCGGACGUGAACAGUGGUCGAAGACACGACAGCGAUGUUUUGAUCACCAUUCUUUUGUACUGCAGUUUGUUCCUUCUGGUUAUAGUAAACCGGCGGUAGAAAUAGCGCAAAG